AUGUCUUCCGAUUCUCUGAAAAUCUACUACGAAACUAUUUAUCCAGAAGUUUGUAUUCCAGACUCCAGAUUUUUGGCUUCUAAAGAAGGAUUAGUCCUUUAUUCCAGAAUUAUCGAAUUUUUAUCUCUUCCAAUUCAAAUUUUAUGCACUUUUUGUAUUUUAAAAAAGACUCCAGAAACGAUGAAAAAUGUGAAAUCGAGUCUUUUAAAAAAAAUUCUAGGAAUCCUGACUUCGAUUACCAUUUUAUUCGAGAAUCGAAGCAGUUUAAUUACUCAAAAUCGAUGGGCGGUUUCUAAGACUUCAACAAGAAAUUUGUGGAUUUUUACCAAUUUUUUCGGGAGUAUGGCACUUUUGAGCCCGGUAUUUUUGCAUUUACCGGACCAGGAGACUACGAAAUUGGAGAUUUUGAAGAAUCUUCCCUGCCCGGCAAAGGAAUUUUUUACCGAAUCUAUGCUGAUUAUGGCUUAUCAAGAUUUUUGGGAAUCCUAUCUUACUGUAGCUCUUCUCUUUAUUUAUUUUAACUUAAUGGCUCAAAUUCUAUUUUUCUCAAUUUGUUGUAUUUAUUAUUUAUUCAUUUUCAAAAGUUCCCAAGUCUCUGCUCAAACUAGAAAACUCCAAAUUCAAUCAUUUGUUGCAAUUAUCUUUCAAAGUCUCAUUCCAAUUUUAUUUGAUUACAUCCCAACAUUGAUAUUCUUGGAUCGACAGAGAAAAAAUGAUUAUGAUCAGUUGAAUAAUAAUUUAAUGGGUUUAUCUAUCAUUUUACAUAAUGGUAUGACUAGUUUAUCGAUUUUAUUGGUUCAAAAACCAUAUCGGAAUUUUUUGAAAUCAAUUUUUUUGGCAAAGAGAAAGUCUGAGGAGGUUCGAGUUUUCAUUGUUUCCGGGGAGAGGAGAUUGUAA